UGGGCAAGCAACGUAAACAGAAAUGGUACCGUAUAUCUGUCUUUAAACUAUGGGCACCUUCGAUAGAUAACUAGCAGAAAUAGUUUGGUGCUUCUGUUUUUCAUCACUGGUUAUUUGGACAAAUCACGAAUUCGCAGCUGUUCGCGUCACUCAAAUUUCGGAAGCGGAGGGGACAUUCGGUCCAUGGACUGGCCCGUAACUUUGAAACGGAGAGGGUGGAGCUCAAACGUAAUACUUGUUACUGCAUUCAUUUUGUUACGCACUUCUACAAUGUAUCAACAAUAGGCUACAUUAUGCAUCGCGAUUCUUGACGUAGGCGCUUCAUCAUGUGACCUGAUUUACCGAUAUGCUACUAAAGUUCUGUAGUUCUCAUGGACUUCUCGUGAAUUUAGUCUAAUGUAGUAGGCAUUAAACAGUAAACGGUUUUUAAAUCAAAAUUCUUAAAUCAACAAUCAUAAGACGCAACAUGGCUUUUGCCAUUCCUAUGGUUAUAGUUACACUGUUUUGGGGAUUUGUUGGAGGGGUGGUACCAUGGUUUAUUCCGAAGGGACCAAACAGAGGGGUCGUCAUUACCAUGCUAGUAUUGACUGCAGUUUGCUGUUACUUGUUCUGGUUGAUAGCCAUUCUCUCCCAGCUGAAUCCACUGUUUGGACCUGCUUUGAGUAAUGACACUAUUUGGUAUCUGCAAUUCCACUGGCGCUGACUCUGCCCUCAAUGACUGUGAAAGGCCCAGGAGGACCAAGGACAAAGGCAUCAUAAACCUGUCCAUUUAGCUUUUUUAACUUUAUAUCUGACUCUUGGUUUACCUAAGAUAAUGGUAAUAAAUAUACUGAAAUAGCUUGCAAGAUGGAAUUCAUGAUAGCCUGUAAAACGGUCACCAACAUCUAGGGAAGCUAUAUCUAUGUAGGAAUUUGAAAAUGAGGGGGCAAGUGGUUGAGAUACACAAAGCACAUUGAGUGAAAGUGAUUGUUUUAUUUCUUACUGCUGAGUAAUAGCCUCUUCUAUUGAUAGGGGGGGGGGCUGGCGGAUCUAAGUCCUCCAGACUUUCCCACAAGGCCCUGAGCUCAGACCCUCCCACCAAUGGAAUCCUUGGCUUUGUUUAUAUGUAUUUUAUUAACCACACAGUUACUAAGUGUUUUAGGUUAAAUGCGAAUGUAUGACAUAGGAUCUUCAGCGAUGAUCGGAUUCACAUUACCUUGCUCAUCCUAUCAGCUUUAAGUGUUUCUCAAAACUUAUGUUGUGUUUAUUUAUCUCACCCAACUUGUCUGUUACAAUUAAUAUUUGAAGGUGCCUCAAAAUCCACUUUGUGAUUUUGUACUGUAUGUACAUUUUUGGGGACACAAUGUGCCCAAGAAUUUCCUGUACAGGCAGUAAUGUUGACUAAAUGAGUUAACCUAGGCUGUAUGUUCCAUGUUUAUCUUGCCCUGGACAAUUUUUUCCAACAUAGUAACAAUGUCAAAUCACAAUACAUAACAAAUAGCAUUCUGGCAGAUCUAAUCAAAGAUGGUAUUUGUAAACCCUAAUGACUUAAGUUUCAUGCUUGCACCAAGCAAGUGUAACCUAGAGCCUUUGGAGAUACAGUGGGACAAAAAAGUAUUUAGUCAGCCACCAAUUGUGCAAGUUCUCCCACUUAAAAAGAUG